AUGGAUCAAGCACCUCCACCCUACAAUACAACUGUCGCUCCUCCUAUGCCUCCAGCUAUGGCCCCGAGCAUGGCCCCGAACAUGACAGCGCCUCCUCCAGUCCAUAUCCAGUCUUCUCAAUCACAAGCUCUGCUGGUUGACUUUAGAUGGAGUAAGCUUAAAUUUUUGAUCAAAGACGCCGAGAGACCUGAAGCCACGCCUCUUUACCAUGUCGCCCUGCAGGUGGUCAUGGCUCCACAUCUCCGAUUCAAGGCUAUCGAAAGCAAUGGCAUCGAAAGAGAAGUUGGUACCGGCACGGUUCACACUUUUGGCAUUUCACCAGAUUAUGAACUAUACGGCAAACCCGCCACACUGAAAGCUCAAAAACGCUUCAGCACCUACUACACGCACAUGUCGACCGUUUUCUCCGACACGCAAGAACCCGUCAAAAUGACCUGGACUAGUAACACGGACUUCAAGGGCUGGGACUUUAUCUGUGUUGACCACAACCAGGUUCCUGUUGCCAAAUACUCUGCCAACCUCUGGGCUGUCAAGAAGUUCGGCAAGAUUGAACUCCUCGGCCCCAAGGCCUUUGAUCCCGCGGCUAGAGAUGAGAUUGUUGUUCUCGCUGUUACUUUGUUCUAUUGCAUGUACCUCCGCGUGAACAACCCCUUCAACCUGCUGGGUUCGGCUUUCAUGUCUAAGGAUAAGACCGAGCAAUCGUCGUCUCAGUCACCACAGCCGGAGGCCAGUCCAAGGGAGGAACGUGAAUUCUCGGCGACAUCGAAUGUCAAGGUCCAGCCGAAGCAGGAGUUUCGCGAAGAACGAGCGAUUUACUAA